AUGCACCGACGCCGAAGCUGCCUGACCCAACGACGGUACAGGAAGAAGAUCGAGGACAAGGCAACUUUUCUGUCAAAUGAAGUAGCUCGACUGCGUGACGAGUUCCAAGAGCUUAAGGUGAGAAAGACGCGCGUUUUGAAGCCAGCCGUGCCCCGCACAAACCCAUUGAGGCUUGUGGUGGAGUACUUCCAUCGUUUCCGCCACGGCCUCGAUCUACAGCAGCCUCUGGAUGAAGAACACGCACAGAAAAACUUUCUGCAGAGAGUCAUGGCGUCUGAGGUCGCCUCGAACCGAGGUUUUGGCGUGCAGACGAUGCUGGACGAGUGGAGAACCCUACCACUGCGUCACGACAACCUGGAGGUUGCGCUUGUGAAGCUGAAUUACGGCGCAAAAUAUGUCAUUGUCGCUGACGUAAAGAUUGCCACGACCAUCACUGAGCCAGCGCUCCACAAGGCGCUAGCUGGCAUGAAUGCUGACGACAAGGAGACCAACUUGCCUAUGCUUGCGUGGAAGCUACUCGUCCAGCGACUCGUCCUCCCCGGUACUGUGCGCUUCGAGUGGGAUGAGGCAAACUAUCAAUUCUCUAGCGUCUUCUCACAGGUAGACAUGCUGAGGCCCUUGAUGAGACUGCUUGGUACUGUGGCGGAAACAUCCAUAGUACUGAAUUGUGCGCUCGGAAUAGCUGUCUGA